AUGAAUUUUGACGAGUUAGGUCCUCCUGCUGAAGUUCAGCCUCUUAAUUCAGAUUCUACAAACUAUCAACAGCCUCAAAUAAAGAUAAAAGUAAUCCUUCUUGGUAUUACCAUUGUGACAGUGCUUGUUAUUAUAUUAAUUAUGGGUACAGUAUGGACAUACUCUAGAGAGCAACCACAAAAACCGAUGCCAAUUAACGAAUUUAAGAUCUCGACUAAAUCGUCUACGAGUAUCACAUCUAGCACAACUUUACCAAAAAUUAAAUUAGAAUCAUCUAGAUCAGAAAUUUGUGCUGCAACAAGGUGGAAUCCAGUUGGAAAAAAAUUGGUGAAGAUCGAGCACGCAUCAUCUAUAGCUGUAGACAAUGAUUUCAAUGUAUAUGUUGCCAAUUGGGAUACACAUACUUUGCAAAAGUGGUUUUCAGACACUAAUGAACUCAUCAAUUUGUUUGAAGAACAAUUUCCAGAGACUCCUAUUUUCUACCACUCAUUGACUCGUUCACUUUACUUUUUUUACGUAUAUAAAGAUAUUCCUGGAGUAUUUAAAUUAGUCAAUGGAAAUUCAGCACCAGUGAAUGUAUUCAGUUCGAAUGGAAGAGGCUGGAAUUUAGAUCAACUUGAUAGUUCUUGUAAAGGAUUAUAUGUGAAUGCAGCGGGUGAUAUAUUUGUACUAGAUCAAGGUCGUCAUCGUAUCGUGAAAUGGGUAGUAAAUGCUACAUCAGGAGUGCUGGUUGCGGGUCGAAAAGAAGAUGAAUCCAAUUCUGAUCAGUUAGAAUUUCCAUCAGGAAUGUAUGUAGAUGAAAUUAAUAAUUCAGUAUACGUAAUAACAGACAUGAUGGGUCGUCGAAUUAAAAGAUUCUCAAAUGGAUCCGUAUAUGGAGUGACUGUUUUUUGGUGGUGGUCCGAAUGGACAUCUGAUAUAAAGUAUAAUGGUAUUAUACUUGGAGAAAGUUCAGGUGGCGGCGCAACACAUUUUUAUACACCGCAACUAAUGACAUUUGACAAGUUAGGAAACUUGUAUGUUUAUGACAAAUCAGAUGGACAAGUGAUUAGAUUUGAUGUUAAUUCUACUUCAUGUAUAAAUAAUCUUCAUUAA